AUGCGCACUGGCCUGCCAGGGGACAGAGAAGAGGGGGGCCCCUUUGGUGCCUCCUCAAGGGGCUUCUUGGGGGCCCCUGGGGGCCCCUGGGGGGCCCCCCCUCAAUCCUCUAUCACUGACUCCUUCCGCGCGUUUCUCUGCAACAAGGAGGCAGCAGCAGCAGCAGCAACAGCAACUGUUGCUGCUGCUGCUGCUGCUGCUGCAGAGGAGCGAGAGAACUCCAGUAGACCGCAGGAAGCUUCUGGGGGCCCCCCCUUUGAGGCGGCCCUGAGGGGGCCCUUGGCCCUCCCCGCUGCGGGGGCCCCCCCAUGGGGUGCUGCAGCAGAAGCAGCUGCUGCUGCUGCUCCUGCUGCUGGCGAGCAGCAGCUGCUGCGUCGCUUCACCGCCUUGUGUCUUAGAGGGGAGAAGGAACGCGGGGUGUCUGUGGGGCCCCCCAGUAUGGGGGGCCCCUCAGCAAACGGGGGGCCCCCUGGUGGAGGGGGCCCCCGUGGAGCUGGGGGGCCCCCUGAGUCGUUGCCUGCAGCCGUUUGGCUGUCUGCGACUCGCCCCUACCGCUCAGCGGAGGGGGCCCUGGCGCUGCGGCUGCCUGCAGCAGCAGCAGCAGCAACAGCAGCAGCAGCAGAAAGUCUAGCAGCAGCAGCAUUGGGGGGUACCCUUGCGAGUCUGACGCACAGGUUAGAGACAGCUCGCUUCCUGCUGCUGCAAGGAGACAGACAGCAGCAGCAAACGACAGCAGCACCAACUGCUGCUGAGGGCCCCCACACCCCACAGCCUCUCCUCCACGUGCGAGACCCUUCUCCUCUGUUUCCUCUUGCUGCUGUCUGCUGCUGCUGCUGCGAUGGCAUUGACCCCGAGCAGCAGCAGCAGCAGCAGCAGCAGGUUGUAUCUCCUGAGGUGUACGUACACCCCCAAGAGGUGCUCUUUGGUUCCGCGUGCACCUGUAGCAAUAGCAGCAGCAGCAGCUACAGCAGCAGCUACAGCAGCAGCAGCUACAGCAGCAGCAGCAGCAGCAGCAGCAACGUUGACUGCCCUGCAAGAGCCAGGCCUUUCUUUGCUGCUGCAGAUUUGCGUUGCUGCUAUGAAGUGCUGCUCGCUGCUCACGGGCCCACAGCAGCAGCAGCAGAAAAUGCAGCAGCAGCAGCAGCAGCAGCAGCAACAGCAGCAGCACGUGAGGGAGCAUGCAAGGUGUCGGGGCCGUGGCAGGACGCGCUGCAGCAAAUUGCGGAGGUGGGGUCUCUGGUGCUUCGGCUGAAGGCCUUCGUAAACGAGUUUCUUUCGCCUCCUUCUGUUGUCAUCUCGCGCUGCAGCAGCAGCAAGCAGCAGCAGCAGCAGCAGCAGCAGCAGCAGGUGUUUUAUUAUGGCCUCACUCUUGCUGCGUUUGCAAGAGCAGUAGAGGCGGAGCUGUUUGCCUUCGAGCGGUUGUCUCCUCCUCAGCAGCAGCAGCAGCAGCAGCAGCAGCAGCAGCAGCAGCAAGUACCGGGCGGGGAGGCAGCCGUAGCCCUGCGGCUGCUGGAAGCCACGGCCCCCCCCUUCCUGCAAACGCUCUCUCGCUGUUGUUUUGCGGGUACAAUGGCGGAUCUAUCUUUUGAGUUUUCAUCUUCGUUUGAGGGGCCCCCAGGGGGCCCCCCCCCGCGGGGUGUACGUACACCUGGGCCCCAGCGGCUGCUGCUGCUGCUGCCGGAGCCUCUUCUCUUCUUGGGGCCCCUUGCGGAGCGGUGUGCUCUGCUGCAGCAGCUGCUGCAGCAGUAUAAUCCUGCUGCAGCAGCUGCUGCUCGUCUCUUCCUCCCGCAGCAAGCCAGCAGCAGCAGCAGCAGCAACCACAUCGAAUGCAACAGCAGCAGCAGCAGCAACCACAUCGAAUGCAACAGCAGCAGCAGCAGCAGCAGCAGCAACAGCAGCAGCUGCAGCAACACUUCUGAGCAGGGGGAGGGGCCCACAGAAGACACGGCUGGGGGCCCCACAUCUCUUUUUGGGGCCCCUGGGGGCCUCGGCUUCGCUGCCUUUUGCGCUGCGGUGCAGCAGCAGCAGCAGCGGGCUACAGCUCCAGCGCUGCAGGAUGCGUGCAGCAGCAGCAGCAACAGCAGCAGCAGCAGCAUGAACGGCAGCAGCAACAGCAGCGAAGACUGCAGGGAGACAGUCAGUCUGUGGGGCCCUUUGGCGAGCACCACAGCCCUUAUGCUGCAGCGAAACCCCCUCAGUAGCAACAGCAGCAGCAGCAGCAACAGCAGCAGCAGCAACAACAGCAGCAGCAGCAGCAGCAGCAGCGACUGUUCUUUGUUUCUUACGUUUGAGGCCAACAGCAUUGCAGCAGCAGUAGCAGAGCAAGACAAAGGAUUUGAGUUUGCUGCUGGCCGUCUCCUCCGCCUUGCUGCUGCUGCAGCAGACACCGAAACCCCUGCUGCUGCUUAUCUACAGCAACAGCAACAACAGCAGCAGCAACAACAGCAGCAGCAACCGACAAAGGAUUUGAGUUUGCUGCUGGCCCAGCAGCAACAACAGCAGCAGCAACAACAGCAGCAGCAACAGCAGCAGCAGAAAGAACAACAGGAUGAACAACAGCAGCAAACAGAGCUGCAGCAGGACCACAACGAACCGUCAGAGCAGCCAGAGGAGCAACAGCAGCAGCAACUGAACUCUGCAUAUCAAUCUGCUGCUGCUGCUGCUGCUGCUGCUGGUGCGGUGGUGCAGAAAGGGCAGGUGGGGGCCCCAGGGGGCCCCCGCAGAGACACUGGGCUGCACGGGGAGCUACCAUACUCUCAAGACACGGUGGAAGGGCCGCCCGAGGGGCCCCCCUGCAUGGUGGGACGGGUAGAGGUCCCUGGGGAGUGUUUUGGGGCCUCCAUGGUGGUGCUGCUGCAGCGGCCGCUGCUGCUGCAGGCGGCGCUAUAUAACAAAGCCCUGAUGCUGCUGCUGCAGCAAGACGGGAGACUCUGGGGGCUGCUGCGGCAGAUCAAAGAGCUGCUGCUGUUCGAGUCAACACACACAGUUCAGGAGUUUCGGUUGCUGCUGCAGCAACGUCUGCAGCAGCAUGUAGAGGAGCAGCAGCAGCAGCUGCUGCUGCAACCAGCAGCGCAUGCGCACAGGCCUGGGUUCCGCUGGCCCCCACCCCAGACACCCCGAGGUCAAGCCGCAGCAAAGUCAGCGGCAACAGCUGCAGCAGCAGCAGCUACAGCAACAGCUGCUGCUGCUGCUCCUGCUGCUCCUGCUGCAGCUGUUGCUGCUGCUAAGGGGGCCCUCUGCACCGACAUUGAGCUGCUGCUGCAGGGGGCCCUAAGUUCCCUCCCCAGCAGUGCAGCAGCCCAGGAGCAGCAGCGGCAACAACAACAACAACAGCAGCAGCAGCAGCAGCAGCAACAGCACCUGCUGCGGCUCACCUGUAGCAUGCGCUCCGGCGUUGCAGCAGCUGCAGCAACAGAAGCAGCAGAUGCAGCAGCAGCAGCAACAGCAGCAGCAGAGCUCCUGAGCUCGCUGCAGGUCCUCCCGGAUGCCCCGCCGCCCCUGCACUUAUUCCUGACAUCUGUAAACCCUAAACCCUCUCUCUAA